CGUCGGUCUGAUCGCUUCCGCUUCCGCUUCCUCUCCCUCUCCCUCUCCUCUUCCUCCCACAGCAGGAUCGAUCUCUCUUUCGCGUCGCGCCCCUCGCACCGAUCUCGCCCGUCUCUCGCUGUCGUCGCAUGAUUUCUUCAUCACGAGCGGCCUGCACUUGCCACACCUCUCGAUGUCCCCGGUAGUGGACGGCUCCGCCCGGUGAGGAUGUCGACCACCUCGCUCCCGCAAUUUACCGGUCCAUUUUCUUCUUUCUCCUCGGCAUCGCAGUCGGCCGGUAUGGCGCACUCCCGCACCAUCGGCCUGGAUACGCUCGCAGAGGGCUCGCAGUACGUCCUGGAGCAAUUGCAGCUGUCUCGGGAUGCCGCAGGCGCCGGCGCCGGGGACGGCGCGGCCGCCUCCACUUCCUUGAGGAACUCUUCCAUCUCCCACUCCAAAGACCACUCCUUCUACGACAGUGAGAAUAAACAGACUAUCGGCUUAGGGCUCAGUCAUUCCUCGCAACGCGAUGCCCUGGUCGAGGCGCGCUCCCCGAUCCGCAAAAAUUCAUCGUCGGCCCCGGUCCGCCGGCGUAUCAGCCGUGCGUGUGACCAGUGUAACCAACUCCGAACCAAGUGCGACGGGCAGAACCCGUGCGCCCACUGCGUUGAAUUCGGGUUGACCUGCGAGUAUGCGCGAGAACGCAAGAAACGUGGGAAGGCGUCGAAGAAGGACCUGGCUGCCGCUGCGGCGCACGGGUCAAACGGCUAUCAAGGACAAGGAGGCGCAUCGCUACUGGGUGACCAGUCGUCCCCUGAUGGACGGUCGGGGCAGGAUGUAAAUGGGCGAUAUGAUCCGGCCUUCGAGGCUGCACACAGCCUGCCCUCGGCGCAGUCGCAAAUGCAACACCCGUCAGGCCUGCAGGAUCCACAGUCAGCACCUGCCCAUUCCCAGCCGGCGUUGGGGACGACCAUCGAUGCGAUGCACAUGAGCCAGUUCCAUCCUCUGAAUGAAUCGGCCCGUCCGAUGUCGGUGCCGGAUCUACGGUCGCUGCCGUCUUCCGUUCUCCCGCCCCAGGGCCUCAAUCAUGGGUACCACGAGAGCGCAUUCGCCUUGAUGAACUCACAGGAGCCGGGCUCCUCGUCGGUCAACCAGUUCCGACUGGGAAACUCGGCAGACAACCCGUCAGCCCCGUUCCUGGGGCUGACGCCUCCCGCGCAGUCGCCCGGCUGGCUGCCUCUCCCGUCGCCAUCCCCCGCAAACUUCCCUUCCUUCAGCCUGCACCCAUUCUCGAGCACGUUACGAUACCCUGUCCUGCAGCCGGUUCUGCCCCACAUUGCGUCCAUAAUUCCCCAAUCGCUGGCAUGCGAUCUUCUCGAUGUUUACUUCACCAGCUCCUCCUCGUCUCACCUGUCCCCUCUGUCCCCGUACGUGGUGGGCUACAUCUUCCGCAAACAGUCCUUCCUUCAUCCUACCAAACCCCGAAUGUGCAGUCCUGGACUUCUGGCGAGCAUGCUGUGGGUCGCAGCACAGACCAGUGAAGCUGCCUUUCUGACGUCCCCUCCGUCGGCUCGGGGUCGCGUCUGCCAGAAACUGUUGGAACUGACCAUUGGCUUGCUCCGGCCGCUGGUCCAUGGCCCUGCGACGGGGGAGGCGUCCCCCAACUAUGCCGCGAACAUGGUCAUCAACGGCGUCGCCCUGGGAGGCUUUGGGGUCUCGAUGGACCAGCUGGGCGCGCAGAGCAGCGCAACCGGCGUCGUGGAUGAUGUGGCCACCUACGUGCAUCUGGCGACUGUCGUGUCCGCGAGCGAAUACAAGGCGGCCAGUAUGCGGUGGUGGACUGCCGCGUGGUCACUCGCGCGCGAGUUGAAGCUGGGUCGCGAGCUGCCGCCCAACGUCUCCCAUCCACGGCAGGACGGCGAGCACGAGGGGGACACCUCCGAAGUCGACCCGUCGACACGGCACCCUCCGCCUCUAAUUACAUCAAUGAGCCAUGGCUCUGGAAGCUCCGCCGUGGAUGUUACGGAGGAGGAACGGGAAGAGCGCCGGCGCCUUUGGUGGCUGCUGUACGCGACGGAUCGCCAUCUGGCUCUCUGUUACAACCGCCCGCUGACGCUACUGGACUUGGAGUGCGGGGGGCUGCUGCAGCCGAUCAACGACGAUCUGUGGCAGGCCGGUGAUUUCGCCGGAACCGUUUAUCGCCAAGUCGGCCCCCCAGUCGAGUGCACGGGGCACAGCAUGUUUGGGUACUUCCUGCCACUGAUGACGAUCCUGGGCGAGAUUGUCGAUCUGCAUCAUGCCGAAAACCACCCACGAUUUGGUCUUGCCUUCCGGAGUAGCCCGGAAUGGGAACACCAUGUUCUGGAGAUCACCCGCCAGCUGGACACGUAUGGACGCAGCUUGAAGGAGUUCGAGGCCCGGUACACCCGAAGUCUGGCCAUGGGGGCGGCGGAGAACGAGCCUGCCGUGGAAGGCUCCCAUCUGGACCAUAUGAGCCCCUCUGGGCGCUCGAGCAGCACGGUCGGGUCCCGGGUGAACGAAUCGAUCGUUCACACCAAGAUGGUGGUCGCGUACGGCACGCACAUCAUGCAUGUCCUGCACAUCCUGCUGGCGGGUAAAUGGGACCCGGUCAAUCUGCUGGAAGAUCACGACCUGUGGAUCUCCUCGGAGUCUUUUGUGCAGGCCAUGAGCCACGCGGUCGGGGCGGCGGAAGCUGCGGCGGAGAUCUUGGAGUAUGACCCCGAUCUCAGCUUCAUGCCGUUCUUUUUUGGGAUCUAUCUCCUGCAAGGCAGCUUUCUGCUGCUGCUGGCGGCGGACAAACUGCAGGCGGACGCUAGUCCCAGCGUCGUCCGCGCCUGCGAGACGAUCGUGCGAGCACACGAGGCCUGCGUGGUGACGUUGAACACUGAGUACCAGAGAACAUUCCGCAAGGUGAUGCGCUCGGCUCUCGCGCAGGUUCGGGGUCGUAUACCCGAGGACUUUGGCGAGCAGCAGCAGCGCCGACGAGAGGUGCUCGCGCUGUACCGCUGGAGCGGCGAUGGCAGCGGUCUUGCUUUAUAAUUUCCCCUUCUAUGUCGCAUCGCACCUUCUCUUCUGUAUAGGAAUCAGCCGACGUAUAUGCAUCCUUUCUUGUUGAUAUUGGCAUUUUGUACACUACAGCGCGUGUCCAUACCUGUACAUACCCCACCCAUAUAAUCCCCGUUGUUGCU